AGGGGUGGGCAGCAGAGAUGCCUGUCUAGGGUGCAAGGAUUUGGAGAGAUUUGUCUCCCUUCCUAUAUAUGUUGGUCUGUGUCUGCCACUAAGAGCAAAGUGUUACCUUUUCUGUGGCCGCACAGUGAGCAGAGCACUGAAUUAUCCUUCCUCUGACCUUAAUGGCAAUCCAAUCACCUGGACUCUGCUGGCACAGACAAUGGACGAACAAUCCAACUCUAUGCCAACAGACGGAAUCGAACACAGGACCCCGUGCAGCAAGAUAGCGGUUCGAAUCCCUGCGCCGCCAGAUAUUAAUUAUCUACUUUUCCAUCCUUAGAUGGGCAUACCUAAUUACAUUGUCCACUGAGGCUGGAGGAAAGGAGAAUUCCCUUUUAGCACAGAAAGGAUUUAUUUUACUAUAAAGGCAUUGACAUUAUGUCAUUCUGUAGAAGAUAGGUAAUAAUCAAGCCAGCAGAUGAUCUAUAGGUAUUUGCCCUUAGAGCUCAUGAUACUAAUGACUGCAAACAAGUUGUAAUUAAAUACAGAUGAAUGAGAUUAGGAGUGUGUUGCCCGUGUGCUCGCGCCUAUUGCAGACUGGGCUCGCACAUUGCACUGGAUUCUUUCACAAUCACACGGGUUUGGAGGCAAAGUGUUACCUGAAAGCUGCGCUGAUGAUAUAGUCAAGGCUUAGUAGUUCUCUUUCCUCCAAGAUUUGCCUCCCAGGCUGGACGGUGUGUGCGAGUUAUAAGGGUUAAUGCACCUUAGUGGCCGACACAAUCGGAAUCUUUUGGAUGUGGAACAGGACGUCCCAUGGGAAGGGGAGAUUCCGUCGUUGGAAACUCUUGGGAUCCCACAGCCUCGGGGGGACGAUGUCUCAUCUUUGUUGGCGCAUAUCGGACGCAAGGACGCGCUGCUAGUUUCUCCAAGCUCGGGGCAAUUUUUUGGGUGUGUUUAGACUGAGACCCACCAGCGAUGUUACUGAGCAGCUUUGUGUCCCUGACGUUCUGCAGGAUCCGGAUCCUAAUUAUUAUAUCCCUGUGCUUGCUGCUCUUUGGGUGGGCUGCUCUUAACUCGGCCGAUGUUGCCCGCUACGCUCUCAAGUUGAAACAGCCGAUGGAUUAUAGAUGGAGAGACACUUCCAUGGAGAGGUGGAAUGAAGAGGAGAGAGCUCAUGCGGCUGCUGAAGAAACGGACAAAGAGCCCGUGAAGCUCUGCCCUGCCCUCUCCCCUCUGCUCAGGGGCACUUUGCCACUGAAGUUUGAGGCUUCUCUAAGUUUGAAGCAGGUGAAGAAAGAGAACCCCCAGGUGGAAAAUGGCAGGUACCAACCGGAGAGCUGCAAAUCUCAGCAAAAAGUCGCCAUCUUGAUUCCUCACCGAAGCCGCGAGCAACACCUGUUGUAUCUGCUCAAACACUUGCACCCCUUCCUGCAGCGCCAACAACUGGACUAUGGGAUUUAUGUCAUUCACCAGGCCGGCAACCAGAAGUUCAACAGAGCAAAGUUGCUGAACAUCGGGUACCUGGAGGCGCUGAAGGAGGAAGACUGGGACUGUUUUAUAUUCCAUGAUGUGGAUCUGAUCCCUGAGAAUGACUUUAACCUUUACCUCUGUGACACUGAGCCCAAACACCUGGUUGUGGGUAGAAAUGUAACUGGCUACAGGCUGCGCUAUAAGGGAUAUUUCGGGGGAGUGACAGCAAUGACCAGAGCCCAGUUUGAGAAUGUGAACGGCUAUUCCAACAAUUACUGGGGCUGGGGAGGAGAGGACGAUGACCUGAGGCAGAGGGUUGUGGGUCAAAAGAUGACGGUGGUCCGACCCUCGGCCGAGGUUGCCAGAUACACCAUGAUAUUCCAUACGCGGGAUAGCGGCAACGAGGUGAACAGUCAGAGGAUGAAACUGUUGGAUAAAGUAUCCCGGGUCUGGCGGAAGGACGGGCUAAACUCCUGCUCCUACCAGUUACUUUCUGUUGAACAUGAACAACUGUACAUUAAUCUGACAGCAGAAAUUGGGCGGCCAGAGAUCUAAAUUAGGAGGAGCUUCCCCAGAUAAGGCCAGCUCUCGACAUCCAAAAGGAUCUUUGUUUUCAUAGAGGACGCGGAUCCUUUGUAGAAGGAAAAUGGGACCUCCAACCAGAAAACAGGUCUCAUCGUCAGGCCUCAUCUUAUCUCAUAUGGACCACGUUUUUUUUGAUGAAUUUUGCACAAAGCCAUAGGGUUUCUUUUACCAAAAGAAAUGAGCCUCACCAUCUACAACAUUCCAGCAAUUAUGAGCCGAGUUUUGUACAACCUCAUUGGACCUUCUCAAAGAAAAUCGGGUGCUAAAACCACAUUUGACGAUCAGAAGGAAAUACAAAUUCAGGUAGAUCUGCGAUGGUAACCACAAUGGUGACCAACUUCUCUCUAGUUUAGUCUUGUGCAAAUGCUCAGGUUAGGGCUAAGAACCGAGAACUUUAGCAAAAGAUGCGCUGAGAAGUUGAGUAGAAGAGGGUAGUCCCAAUGGUGUUCAAACUUCUUUUUUUUUUUUUUUUUUACAGCUCCUCAGCAUGGUCAGGCCAGUAGACUUAAAGGUAUGUUGAUGAUAGGACAAUGCAGACCAAGGAAUAUAGGACCUGCGGAGCUUGUAAAACCUGCAUAUCUGAAGAACAAGUAGAUAAGUAGGGUAUAUCUGUAAGAGUAACCACAAUGGUGACCAACUUCUCUCUAGUCUAGUCUUAUGUAAAUGCUCAAAUUAGGGCCAAUUAUCUAGAACAUUUGGAGUCAGCAAAAGAUGCAUAGCUGAAGAUUAUGUUGAUAAGUUGAGUAGAAGACUGUUGUCCCAAUGGUGACCAACUUCUCCGAGAACUUUAGGAGUCAACAAAAGAUGCAUAGCUGAAGAAUACGCUUACAACUUGAACUAGAAGAGGGUAGUUUCAAUGGUGAUCAACUUCUCUCUAGUCUAGAGUUGUUAUUUUACAGCUCCUCAGCAUGGUCAGGCCAGUAGGUACGUUGAUGAUAGGACAAUGCAGACCAAGGAAUAUAGGACCUGCGGAGCUUGUAAAACCUGCAUAUCUGAAGAACAAGUAGAUAAGUAGGGUAUAUCUGUAAGAGUAACCACAAUGGCGACCAACUUCUCUCUAGUCUAGUCUUGUGCAAAUGCUCAGGUUAGGGCUAAUUAUCUAGAACUUUAGGAGUCAGCAAAAGAUGCAUAGCGGAUAAGUUGAGUAGAAGAGAGUAAUCUCAAUGGUGAUCAAGCCUAGACUUGUCAUUUUACAGCUCCUCAGCAUGGUCAGGCCAGUAGACUUGAAGGUACGAUGAUGAUAGAACAAGGCAGACCAAGUAAUAUAGGACCUGCGGAGCUUGUAAAAUCUGAAGAACAUAAAAUAAGUAGGGCAUAUCUGUAAGAGUAACCACAAUGGAGACCAACUUCUCUUUAUUAUAGUCUUGUGCAAAUGCUCAGGUUAGGGCUAAGUACUGAGAACUUUAGCAAAAGAUGCAUCGCUGAAGAAUAUGCUUAUAACUAGAAGAGAGUAGUCCCAAUAAUAAUCAACUUCUCUCUAGUCUAGGCUUGUCAUUUACAGCUCCUCAGCAUGGUCAGGCCAGUAGACUUGAAGGUAUGUUGAUGAUAGGACAAGGCAGACCAAGAAAUAUAGGACCUGCAGAGCUUGUAAAACCUGCAUAUUUGAAGAACAAGUAGAUAAAUAGGAAUAUCUGUAAGAGUAACCACAAUGGUGACCAACUUCUUUCUAGUCUAGUCUUGUGCAAAUGCACAGGUUAGGGCUAAGUGCCAAUAACUUUAGGAGUCAGAAAAAGAUGCAUAGCUGAAGAUUAUGUUGAAAAGUUGAGUAGAAGAGGGUAGUCCCAAUGGUGACCAACUUCUCUCUAGUCUAGUCUUGUGCAAAUACUCAGGUUAGGGCUAAUUUCCUAAAACUUUAGGAGUCAGCAAAAGAUGUAUAGCUGAUAAGCUGAGAAGAAGAGAGUAGUCACAAUGGUGAACAAGCCUAGAAUUGUCAUUUUACAGCUCCUCAGCAUGGUCAGGCCAGUAGACUUAAAGGUACAUUGAUGAUAGAACAAGGCAGACCAAGGAAUAUAGGACUUGCGGAGCUUGUAAAACCUGAAGAACAUAAAAUAAGUAGGGUAUAUCUGUAAGAGUAACCACAAUGGUGACCAUCGUCUGUUGGCUAGACUUGUAGUUUCUAACUCAUCAGGUCAGGGCUAGAGAUAAAGGACCUGAAGGUCUGCAAAACUCAGAUAGCUGAAGAGUAAGCUGAUAGGCAGGAGUAGCUUUGAGAGGGUAGCUGCAACCAAUUUGAAUAAUUCGCCUUUUUAAUAAUUCAGAAGACUUGUAGUUUACAGCUCCUCAACAAAGUAUGUAGACUUGGAGGUACAUUGGUGAUAGAAUAAGACAAAUCUAUGGACAUAGGCAAAACCUGGACAUCUGAAGAACAAUGAGGGUAACUACAAUGGUGAGCAACUUCUCUCGGUUCUCCUCCUGCCAUACUCACUGUAUUAGAUCUGGAAAACCAGGUUCCCAACUGGACAGAAAGUAGGUGCUUCACAACUCCUCAGCUUGGUUACAUAAUGAGGUUGAACUUGAUGUACUUUGUCUCUUUUCAACCCGAUUUAACUUGAAGGUACAUUGACGAUGAAAUGAGGACCUACAACUCUUUGUGCUCCCCAUGAAGGAAAAUAAUCAGACCCCCUAACACAAUGGUGGAAUAUGAAGAACACCAGUCUCCUGCUGGAUUACAAGUGAUGUCUGUUCUCAAUGGAAGGUCUUCUCCUGCAGGUGGAAUUCACAUGAAUUCAAUAUCGCCAAGAUGGCCGACAAAUUAAAAAGGAAGUGGCUUAAUUAAAGCUAAACAAGGGGGUCUCAACCAGGUAUUCCAUGGGAGUCACUGAUCAGUACAGGGCUUUCAUUAUUCUAUACUAUGUUAUUUUGUAGAUAUUUUACACUUUUGUUUAAAAUACCCAAAUUUAAUGGGAUGUUCUGCACUAGCCUUAGAGAUGCUCUGCUGCAAAGAUUUGGCCACUGGCAGCUCAGGCUGCUAAACUACAUUUCCCAGCUUCCCCGGAGAGCCAAAGGGAACUAUAGUUCAGCGGCUGUUGCAGCUCCCCUAGUGGCGGAUCAUUGUCUUAGUGAAUAAUAUGAAAAUAAAAUAUAAUUCUAAGCAAUUUCUCUGUAUCCAUUCAUUCCUCAUUCUCACUGGUUAUAAUGUUAUGGGUAAAAGUCAAUUCUGCACUGCUGCUUCUGACUAUUGACAUAGUCUACCAAAAACCAGAGGCGUUGCAGCAUAGAAACACAUGACAUUUACCCACAUCUUUAUACCCCGUGAGAAUGAGCAAUGAAUGGAUACGGGGAAGUUGCUUAGGAUGAUAUUUUUUUCAUAAGCAACUUUUUUGGUUUUGCCUUCCGAAAUCCAUGGUAACAGACUUGCCCACAUUGAUGAAUUUUAUAGUUUUGCUAAAUAUUUUCUUAUUUAAAAGUAAAUUAUGAAUAUCGCUGAA